UGCGCCGGCAAGAUGGCAGUUUUCAGAAGUUGGAGAUGGCUGCCAGGGGCUCGAUUGGGGCCGCAGUUCAUUCACAGCGAGGCUUCCGCGGCGCCUUCGGACGACCCCGUCGCCUCCCCCGCUUCUCUUUAUCCGCCCGUGGUGGCUUCACUUACCGCCAAGAGUAAGAUAGCCAAACUCCGGCGCCGGGAGGAAUACUUUAAAAGUAUUCACAACGCGCCUACGGUUGAGGAGAAAUUGGCGAUCUACGGGAAACGGCAGCGCCGCAAGUACGUGGUCUACCCGCAGACCUGGGCUUUAAACGCAGAUCGCUGGUACCAGCAUUUCACGAAGACCGUCUUUGUGCCAGGACUGCCCGCUUCGGUGUCAGUAAGCGAAGAAGACAAGACAGACGGUUUGGAUUUGGCUGAGCUCCGCUCCCUUGUAUGCGAAGUGCUCCUUCAGGAGUAUUAUUACCAGCGCAAGAAGCCCCCCAAACUCUUCCGUGGUAGCGAACAAGGUCCAGCGCCUUUCAUUACCCACCUGGUGCCAAAGCUUGCAGCCCACCUGACUUGUCUCAACCCAGCGCUGGGUUCCUCUUCCAUCCUAGACUUUCAGCCAGAUGUACAUUUCUACUGGUUGCGUGGGGAGACAGUGGUUCCCCGAGGACACCGGCGAGGCAGGAUUGACCCGUUGAGAUUUCAGAUUGAUGAUAAGCCACGCUGUCAGAUUCGUAUAAGAAAGCAACUUUCAGAGUUUGAGCCUCUUGAUUACCUGGGCCCUGGAGAUAUUCCUGUUAUCCAGUAUUUACCUGACAAACUUCCAUUGUUCAAACGACAAUAUGAUAACAAAAUAUUUAUAGGUUCUCAAAUAUCAGAUCCAUGCUGCUAUGGGCACACCCAAUUUCAUUUGCUUCCUGACAGGGUGAAAAGAGAAAGGCUGAUAAAAUUGAAUCUCACUGAUCAGGUUGAUGUUCCAUAUCGAGCCAAUGCAGUUGCAAGCCUCUUUGCGUGGACUGGAGCACAAGCAAUGUGCCAAGGAUUCUGGAGUGAAGACGAUGUGACUCGACCCUUUGUAUCCCAGGCUGUUAUUUUCGAAGGAAGAUAUAUUGCCUUUUUUUGUUACCAGUUAAACACCUUGGCUUUAACUGUUGAGGCUGACCAAAAUAAUCCAAGAAGGAACAUUUGUUGGGGGACUGAAAGUAAGCCCCUGUAUGAAUCAAUAGAAAAUAAUGAUGUGAAAGGUUUUAACGAUGAAGUCCUUGCACAGUUUGUUAAAUUUCUGUUAAACAAACCAAAGGAAUUAUGAUAAUCUGAUUAUUCUGAAAAUACCAAAAUAAAAUUAAGUGUUUAAACAUGUUAAAAGUGGAACUAUCAAAUAAUAGUCUUAUAUAAAAAUACUGGGAUGUACAAGAGUUGUAUAGGAAUGUUGCUGUUGCUGUAUAAAUGAAACAUUACUGCACCACUACGAGACAGACACAGCGUAGUUCAUGCAGAUUACAUAUGAGAAAAGAACUACAAUGUUGAACAGCUUAGUGCAUAUAUCACAGACAAGAAGCCACUUCUAAAUCAAAAUCAGAAAAAAGCAUACCAAAUGACCUUGCAUCAGAUAGCAAAACAAUAAGAUGGUAUCAUUUUUCUUGAUGCUUCUGGGGGCAUGGAAAACAUUUUAACUAAUUUAAUUGUUGCCGAAAUCAGGACUCAGGGAGAAAUUGCUCUUGCCAUUGCCUCUUUAGAAAUUGUGGCGACAUUAAUGGAAGGGAGGACAGACAGCCCAGUCAGCACUUACGUUGCCAUUUGACAUCAACAUUCCUGUCUAAUACAGGAUUGGGAUAAAUGAAUACCCGGACAAUGCCCUGUUAUCAGCUAGUUCAGUAAUAAAUUGGAAGCUUCCAAAUGCAGCUCAGAGCUGAAGAAGCUUCUUGGAUGAGAAACGAAGCAUACUCCCAAAAAAAACCCUAGAAAAUAGAUCUUCCUUGAAAAAGCUCCUUUGGAGAACCCUGAGCAUCACUAGAGCAUCCAAGGCCCCGGGUCACAACGACAUACUGUUCCUUGGAGUGGGAUAGAUUUUAAGGUUCACUGCACGGUCAGCCAGAUGGUUAGACAGGAUUUGAUGUUCUUGCCCAAAGGUAUUUAUUUGAUCUAAUCUUCAUUGCUCUUUUCUCCACCAUUUCUGCCAUUAUUACUAGUUCUUUAAUUUCUGCUUUUUUAAUCCAUCUCCAUGUUUUAUUCUUGGUAUAUCAUUUUGGGUUGUCCCAUAGCUGGACCCAGAACGGCACUGUUUCUUCUUUGACAUGGAUUCUUUACAGUCUCCAUUGAUGUAUUGGUGGAAACAUUUCUGAUUUGACUGAAAUUAAAGAUUCUGCAUCCACUGUGCAGUUUGAGCGUUGUAUCUGCUAAACCUGACUGUAGAUGUUAAUUGCUGCUUUAUUAGUUCCAAUGCUUCUUUCAUCUGUCUUGUUUCUAGGUAAUAUUUCUUGAUCAGAUAUUCUUGGGUCUUCUUGUCCUUAGCUUCUUUUCUUUCAUCUUUUCUGUCUUGCUUUUAUCUGAUCUUGGCAUACUGAUCUUAUUUUCCAAUCUGAUCCUCCAUUUUGGUGGUGCACAAUGGCUCUUUCCUCCUUUGUUGAUUUUGUAUCCAAGGUAUUCAGUUACAACUGCAGUCAUUCUGUACAUGAGUUGGUUUAUCUCUUGUAAUGAGCUGUGCUUAUAUUUGAUACUACACUAUUAGCAUCUUUUAAUACACUACUUGUGUAGUUGUUCCUUAAUCCAUUGAUGAACUGAUGUAAAUGUUAAUGAAAUCUUAAUUAGAAUCAUUCAAGUUAAUGUGACAAGACUUUUUCAAGACCGAGAAGUUAAAAUAGGAAAUGUUGCAAGAAAGGGAUGGCUGACAAAGCCACAGUCCGUGUAGAUUAUCUGAAAAAGAAUUAUUAGAGACGGGGGCAAAACAUUCCCACUGAAUUUUUGAAUCUGUGUGUGGCAGAGAGAGGGACAAUGAAUGAGGAAAGUGAGAUUGUUUGAAAAUAUGCCACCAGCUCCACGUUAUGCACCACACAGUAUAAUUAUUAUUGUUUAUUGCUAAGAAUUGUUGUGAAUUUUGUGUGUGUGUAUUUCCCCAAGGAGAAAGGAAGUUGCUUUUGUAAAUAUUUGAAACAGAUUCUUUAGAAAAUGCAUCAACGUUGCAGAAUGUUUCAAAAUUAAAACUUCUGAAAAGAGUCCUGGGAUUUCCUGCCUGUGCUUUAUUCCAGUCAUUGAGCGAUGGCAUGAGCACCUAUAUUUUUGUGCCUUCCUGUCAUGGAAAUGGAAAACACUGGAACAGCAAGAAUGCACCUGCAAGCCUCUCAUAUAUCAGGCAUUUAUAAUAAAUAAACAGUAUGAAAAUGUU